CAGUGUCCUGGCACUAAAAAUAUCUGUGUCCAAAAAACUGUCCCGGAAAGUUAUGUGUAACAGAAAGGACACCUGCAGACUGAUGUGAUGUCUGAGACAUUUGGCAGCUGCUCAGUGGAGGAAAACCACCCACAGCAGCAUCAUAUGGGAGGACAUCGUGUGAGUAAAUGGCAGUGAAUGAGUCUGGUCUGAAUCAGUGUGACAAGGGAAGAACCAACCAGUACUGUUGGAUGAAAACUGAUGAGCUGUCCAAGCUGGCAACAGCAUGCCAACUGCAAAAGAUAAAGGUGGUUCCGCGUCCCACCCCCACCAGCCUGCCUCAGAAUAUGAUGAUGCCACCCUGGCCCAAAAGAGAGAAUACUGGAGAACCAAGAAACGAGAGCAGAGGGCUCGACUGUCAGAGCGAAGAGGGAGGCCAGCACAAGACAGUCCAGGGAAAAAGCUCCUCCUCCUAAAUACCACUGCAGUGGUGAAUUCCACUUUAUCUGGCAGCUUAGCUGCUCCCUCUUCUCCUGUGCAGAGUAAAGAUGAGUCAUAUAAAACACCUAAUGUCUCCCCAGCAUCCCAUAGUGCAAAUGCAGUGGGAGAAGGUUCAUUUGAAACCCCUGAAAGCCAAAAGCCGAAGUGGUUCCACACAAUGAAACUCGACAAGGUCUUGCCUCAGUUCCCAGCAUCAUGUUCCAUCUCAGCCAAAGCGGCUAGGGGCAACACAGCCGCGGUGAAAAACCGAGCAGCGAGUGGGGCUGUGAACAGAGCCAUUACCUCACCCACACCUAGUGGAACCCAGCUGGACUCCAGUUCCUCAGUGCCUCCAGUCAGAGUGACCAGCAUUACCAAUGGCAGCUCUGCCCAAACAACACCUCAGUCACGUGUGUCUAUGCAGGGCACAUCAGUCCUAAAAAUGCAAAACAGACAACAUGUUGCUUCACGCAGUCAGCCCAAACUCUCCCCUAUCAAUGUGACCAUGGGUAGGAUUCUUGUGUCCUCUCCUAGUGGCCCCAUCGUCAUAAAAACUGAGACUAAAGAAGAGUACACAACACCUCAGAGUGGGACAAAGAGUGCCUUGGUCACCCCACAGAGAGCUAAAGGUGUUGGCAACUCGCAACCUUCCAUCGAGUCUGAGGAGGAGAGAGCAGCCAGACGCAGAGAGCAUUGGCGGAUCAAAAAGCGAGAGCAGAGAGCAAAGCUGGCAGCUCAGAUAGCUAAAGCCAGAGAUAGGACACAGGCCACAGAGAUGAUGGUACAAAGGCAAAUGGCACAAAAAACAGGACUCAUGGGUCCCACAGCAUGUCAGAAUCUUCAAUCUCAGUCGUUUUCGAGAAGAGCGGGUCCUACUCAGGCCAAAGCUACGUUCAGGCCGGCCAAAAAGAGAAAUGAUAAACUGAAAAUUGGGGCAGCCAGUUUGACCACAGUUAACCUGCAGAUCAAAGUGCAGAAUCCACAUGAGACAAGGACAACACCAACAGCAAUUUCUGUGAGAAAAUCAGGGGAAACGCUAAGAAGGUUUCCAAGUUAUUUACAUCUUUCUAAUGUUACCCGAGGGAUCGUGCGAUGUAAAACACCGAGACAGAGGUUUAUUGAAGCUCAGAGGAAUUUGAUGAUUCAAAGAAACAUGAGAUGUAAGUCUCCGCUGCUUGCUUCAGUCUUUGGUACCAGAAAUAUCCCCAGAAUCGACCCCAAUGACACACCUGAGCAGAUAAUAGAAAAACGGCGAGAGUACUGGCGGAUUAAAAAGCGGGAACAGCGAGCUAAGUUGUCAAUGGAGGUGAGGGAUCGGUUGAAGGAGAGGGACUCUCUGAUGCGAAGAGUGAAACGCUACCAGAACAUCCUAGAGGAGAUGAGGAAAGCCAGAGCGCUCACACAAUCAGCGGGAAGCACUCUGACCCACGCGUCGGAGACCAUUGGAGGGUUCAUCAAAGAGGAUGGGACAGUGACCAUUAAAAUCCCCCAGGUUUCCACAUGUCACGACACAUCAGCUCAUCAAAGGGAAGAAGAUCUUCAUGUUCAAAGUUCAACUAAUACCCAUGUUACCCAACCUCAACAUCAGCCUUUCUGCCCAGCUCAGGUGAAAGUCUUUCUUCCUCUUUCUGGAAAGCCAGUCAACAAACUUCCAAAACUACUGUCGGCCAGACCAAGGACUCCUCUUGAAAGCACAACUGUACCUAAUUCUCACUCGUCAUCCGCUCAAGCUGUGGGGCAGCUCACGCUCAGUCAUCCUCAAAAGGCCAUUUCUGGAGGAUCUACGGCAGGGUCCAGCUGUGUAAUGAAAAUGGCCGUUUCAAGUAGUGCAGCAUCACUUGCUCUAUCUCUGGAUCCAUCGCUAACACAGGAAGAGAGAAUGGCAAAGAAGAGGGAGUACUGGAGGAUAAAGAAACGUGAGCAGCGAGCAGCCCGUGCGGCGCGACUGAAGCAGGGUGUCUUACAAAUGAGGGCUAACGCAGCCUUACAGAGGAGAAAGGCCCAGAAGCAAGUAGCAUUGAACCCUGCACCACUGAGCAAACGUCUCUCUAACCUAACAGGAAACUCACAACCUCCCCCAGAUAACAGUGUGCCCAUUACACCAAAUGCUAAUGAGAUAAAACAAGAGCCUGAGCCUGUGCCAGCAGUUGACCUAAAUUCUCAACCGGAACAAGCCAUCUGUCCAGAUAUCAAACGCCCAACCUCCUCACCACUGCCAUCAGCACCUCCAGCACCCCAGCCAGAGCCUGAUCCAGUUCUGGCUGCAGAAAGCCAGGCCACCACUCUGCGAGCCGUGGCCUCUAUGAAGAGGCUCCUGGAAGAAUCACUUAGCACAGUGAGGGACUGUAAAAGUCAGCAGACUGAAAUUAAAAUGGAGACAACAGAAGAGGCCUCAGACCAAGAGAUCGAGCCCAAUUUACCUCAGCUCUUUAUUGAAGAGGAUGAGGUGGCUCCUCUGGCUGCUAACCUGACGGUGCAAAUAAAAAGCUGGCAGCCAGACACUGAGGCCCUGGUACACUCACGUUCACCAAGCCCUCAUUUAAAAAACUCACCACAAAUUAGGGAGACACCCUCACCUAUUCCUACCUCCAGUGAUGCCCCUAUGCUUCCCACCUGUGAACACGCCUCCCGAACCUCUCCCACAUUCACAUUAAACCCCUCCAAGGAAGACCCCGAUGGUCCGUCCUCACCUCACAGAACCCAGAGGCUUCUCACCAGAAAGGAGGGCCAUGAAGACUGCAGCUCCCCAGAGCCGCCAGAGCUACAUCAACUAGCCAUCGAUGAGCUACACCCACAGCAAGAACACGGUGAACAACAGUGUGAGGCACAAGAACAGUUCGAGAACAGCAUGUCGCCAGCAGCACGGAGAUAUCACAGUGUGUGGACUGAGCAGGGCGGCUUGACCAGCCUGCAGCGGAAGAGGGAGUACUGGAAGCUGAUGAAGCGGCAGCAGAGGGCCAGGUCAAAGGCCAGGCAGAAGGAGAGGCCGGGAGGACUGAGCACUCGGCUAACCCAGGCUCAAGGUUUUGGUGUCUUCAACAAUGUUAAGCGUGGAAAUCCUAAUGCAAAACCAGCUCUCAGAUCCAGGUCAUCGAUUCCCUCUCUUACGGCAGUGUCCAGCAUCCCUGCUCUCAGCCCUCCAACGUGUCGUGCUGAGCGGUCACCGCACACGCUCCAGGUGAAGUUGCCUGUCCUCAGCGUCUCCUGUUCUCCCAGAAGUGAGCAGAACAACAUAGACGUUGGACCUUCACAGAUCUUGUCAGACUGUCUCGACGCUUCUGAGAAUCAGCAGCAAGCCAUGCCACGUUUUCAAAUGUCAAUGUCUACAGGUACGGAUGUAGACUCAGCACCCUGCCUUCUUACUCUGACGCCUCCAGACAACCCACUGUCCAGCAUCAACCUGCAACCCAUUGAACCCCAUGUUGAAACGCCUGAUCCCACCCUCAGUGCAAUAAAAAUCCCUUCUCAACUUCAUAGCCCCUCACAUUCGCGGCAUUCUCCCUCUAAGCUGGUGCCUGUAAGCACCAUGGCUCCACCAAAACCCAUCCCUGGGGAGACGCAGGAGGACUUUCUGAGGAGGAAGCGAGAGUACUGGAGGAUCAAAAAGAAGGAGCAGCGAGCCAGGAAGGCCAUCCAGGUCAAGGGAGCCCCCCCGAAGAGAGCUGCCCACUGGAGGCCCAUCCUACCUGCGCAGGACCCACCAACACAGGAUUCUGGUCAGUGGUUGAGCUCCUCUGAUGAGUCAGAGCAUCUAAUGAGCACUUCAGUGGACACUGACCAGGAAUCUUUUCAGUUCCCAAAUUACACAGCACCAGUCGAAGACGACCCAGAGCUGCUGUACACUGACUAUGAGAACAACAGCGGUGAGGAAGGUUCUAUCUCGGACAGCGUGUGGAGGUACAGCUACCUCAUGGACUACGACCCACUCAACCAGCUGCUGGUGUGCAUGGUGUGUGGGGAGCUGCAGUACUCCCACAGCCUGGAGGGCGUAAGGGCCCACAUCGAUGACACCCACCCAGACACCCUGACACUAGAAGCCGGGGAGAGACGGCGAAUUCUGGAGGCCUGGGACGAGCAGGUGUCCCGGCGGGAACGCUUCUUCACCAGCCAGCUUCAGCAGCACAGCGGUACAUCAUGACCUCAGAGAGAAGACAUGUAGAGAGUGCAAGAAUAAAGCAGGAGUCAACUAAAGAUUGCGGUCCCAGAGAGAAGCCCCACACUUGCGUUGUCUUCUUUAUUUAUUGUUUUUUUUCUCCAAUCAAUUUGUUUACCUUCAUAGAAAGUCACCUUUAAAAUAAUGCUGCUCUUGCCCUGACAGCAGCUUUACCUCAUUGUCCCGUCAGGAUUGUAAUAUUGUUUAUUCAGUAUGGACUAGGGAUGGGACUUUACAGGAGUUUUCAUGUUAGAGUAUUCAUAACGUUAUUGAACAAUUAUUCGAAUAUUCAUGACCACCCCCACCCAUCACCCCUUCACGCAUUAAGGUCAAACACGCACACAACAGGACUGAUAUUUCUCAAAAAUAGCUUCAUUAAGGAAAAACGCCAUUUUGUAGUCAAGUUUAACUUUUAACAGCGCAUUAUGCCAUCCGACGGAUUUUAACAGGUAGCGAUUGCAACGCAUCACUGCCUGGCUACUGUAUAAAAAUAACAUUGGAAAAUAAUUUUAAAAGGAAAUAAACACGGUCUAAUGACUUACAUCCAUCCUUUUAAACGUCAGGCUUCCCGACGCUGGCGGCAGCCUAAUAAUUUGACAAUUGAGUUUUAACCUAGCCUACGCUACUUAACGUAAAACUAUGGGCGAAGUUGACUGGUCAUCAGACUGGACACAAAUACAAAGGAAUAAUAACAAAACAUGGCUUAAUGCCAAAUUAGAUCAUUGUUUUAAACUGACAGUCAUGGCAACUUAUAAGCGAGCUGUAGGCUAUAGCUACCUUACAGGCUAGCCUACUGUAGGCUCUGAGAAAUGGCUAACAAACAUCAGGCUAUUAAACAACUGCCUGCAUGGAUUAUCUUUCACAGGCCCAUCUAUGUGUUCUUGUUCAUGAAAAUCAACAUAUUCACAUGUUCUGGGGUAAGAUGUGUGCGCAGUUGAUUCACUGUCAGUCCGCAAGAUACCGGAAGAUGUUGUUCUGAUAAUGCGCAGGACUAGAACAUUCAUUAGGCUCGGAUUUUUAUUAUAAUAAUUUCUUAAUGACGAAUAUUCGAAUAUUCAAAUAUUCACUACCAACCCUAGUAUGGACAAUUUUAUACUGAAGCUGCCACAACUGAGAUUUUGUUACAAUAUUUAGAAUAUUCAAUAGAGAAGUCCAACAUUGUGGGGAACACGGUCUCUGUGCUAAUAUGGACUAAAUGCAUCCUGGACCUACUCUGUAAUAGACAAAGAUGAAAUUUACAUUGAUUUUAAUUUCUUUGAAUUGCGCUCCACUUAUUUAAAAUCCCCAGUUAUUUCAAUGCCUGCCACAAACAAUAAAUCCAAUCUGAUGGAUUAGAUAUAACUAGCAGUGGGCAUGAAUUUGUCUGAGCAAACCCUUUGAAAACCCCCCACUUUGUUUUAGAUGUGGGCUGUUCUUUCAUAGGUAUUUUUAAAUUCUAAAGUUACAGAUAUUUUUGUAAUCCCACUGUGCUUAAUGCAUUGCUUAAGCCAAACCCUUGAGUAUAUAAUUUGUAUGCACAUUGCACUACUCAGCUCAACUUCCCUUACUACACGACACUAACACAAGCAUGAUGAGGUGAUGGCCAGUAUUGCGACAAAAUGUUAGAUUUAAAGAUGCAGGAUUUUAGGCCAUUCUUGAAACUCUUCAGAUCAGAAAAGUACCAUUGAAAAUACAAGCCCCUGUGGCAUAAUAACAGGUGAAAAGUAAGAUUUUGGUUUCCCCUCCUAAGGUUUGCUUACAUUACGUUUCUUUAUUUAUCCAGCAGACAGAGCAGCAGUAGUCACAUAUGGGCUACUGGUCAGAAUAUAGAAGGCUACAGCAGUAAAACCCAGAGGGACAUGAAUUAAGUCAGGGUGUGCUUGACUGCUUGUACAACUUUUUUAUUUUUAAGGAGACAAUUUGAUUUAUUUUGUCCAAAAGUUACAUGGACUUGCUUUAAAGUCAGACCAAUGAUGAGUCACCAGAGGGUUCAGCGACUACCUUACGAUUCAAUGACAACCAAGGGAUAUGAGACAGCUUACAAAUAGAAACAAAGUGUAUAUCACACAUUGAACAGAUACAUGAAAUGUUAGAAAAUAUAAAGGUGCAGUGUCAGGUUUAGAAGGAUGUGUUUGUAUAGCUGUUGUCGGAGUCAUAUCAGAGCUAUUAUCAAACUAUAGAUAUUUAUAGUAGAUUAUUCAGUAAAUUUAGAUUUAAACCCAGUGUCAGCCAGCUAUCAGAAAAUGUGUCUACACACAUACAGCACAAGAAUCAAACACUUUAUACUGUAGUGUAGUUGUAUGAACUGAUAGUUGCUAUCAGAUUUGUGAUUCAGGUCUGAGACCCUUUAUUAUUUACUAAAUUGUUAUAUGGGCAUCAGGAACUGUUCCACAUGUUUUUGUAUGUGGAAGAACCAUGUUGUUCAAACCUUAAACUUUACACAUGAUCUUGACGACUGUUUUGUAUCGAGACAACUUUUUAAAUAGUACAUUUCUCGCCUGUUCAUGUCAGCCUCACCAUGUGUAAAGAUCUCUGCACUGUAAAUACACGAAAAAAACAAGUGGUUAUAAGAUGCCAAAUUUGUCUUUGACUUUGUGCAACUUAAUUUAUUAUUUAUUGAAUCUUCUCUAUAUUAUUGAUGAUGCAUUAUUCAUAACCAUAGGUAGUUCCAUGUUAGAGAAGCAUCUCAUUUGUGAGUAUUGAGGAUCAAAAGGCUUUCCUGCACGAGUAGUACAUGGAUGAAGAGUUGUGUACCAGAGAUGAGCUCUGGAAAUCAUUCCCAUGUUUUCUUUGUAUGAUUGUUAUGUAGAGAAAAAUGCUGAAAAAAAAUCUGUUUGAGCACAAGGCUGCGGAGGUCAGUUCUGCUUUGAGGAGCUGCCUGCACAGCCACUACACUGUAAAUAGCUGGAAGUGACCAAGCUAAUUUACCUUCUGAGAAUGUAAUUCUGACUUGUUCACCAGUUCAAAGGGAAUGUUUCAAUGCCUUUUAAGUAAAAUACCUUUUCUACCUUU